AUGGCGAAUUCAAGUAAGAGAGUAUUGCUUACCUCUAACGCCGACGAUAUUUCCCACGGCAUUGCUUUCCAUUUAGCCAAACAAGGAUGCAGAUUGGUUUUGAUGGGAAACGCAACUAGUUUAGAGUGUGUUGCACGAAAAAUAACGGAUUCGGUUACUGGUUCUGUUUCUGUGCAUGUGGUUGAAUUGGAUUUCGAGAAUGAUGAUGAAUCGGUUUUUCAUCAUGCUGUUGAUAAGGCUUGUAAGAUUUUGGGCAAAUUGGAUGCCUUUGUUAACUGUUACUCUUAUGAAGGAAAGGUGCAAGAUCAUCUCGAGUUAGCUGAGAGCGAGUACAAAAAAAUUGUUAGGAUAAAUUUUAUGGCUCCGUGGUUUUUGUUAAAGGCUGUUGGCCAAAGGAUGCGUAACUUCAACACUGGAGGGUCCAUUGUAUUUUUAACAUCGAUAAUGGGUUCUGAAAGAGGGCUUUAUCCAGGAGCUGCUGCAUAUGCCUCAGCCCUGGCUGGAGUUCAACAGUUAGUUCGGGCAUCAGCUAUGGAGAUAGGGAAGUACCAGAUCAGAGUUAACGCUAUUGCACGAGGCCUUCACCUGGAUGAUGAAUUCCCAUUAUCAGUGGGAAGGGAAAGGGCAGAGAAGUUAGUGAAGGAGGCAGCACCACUUGAGAGAUGGCUUGAUGUUAAGAAUGAUCUUGCUUCUACAGUCAUCUAUCUAAUCAGUGAUGGGUCGUGUUACAUGACAGGAACAACUAUAUUUGUUGAUGGAGCACAGUCUAUUACUAGGCCUAGGAUGCGCUCCUUUAUGUGA